CAAUACGUCAAUGAAUACACGUAGUAAAUGUGUACACGUUGCGAAAAUAACGAAAUGUAAACAUUGUAAUCUCGAUCUCUACAUCUCUAUGUAAAUUCUACAGACCAACAAAUCAACAGCAGGAUUUGUUCACCAGCUCAGUGCACUAUCGUAGAUUUGGUUACGUUACCUAGCUAAGAUUGAUUAGUUCUAAUUCUCACUACCAAUUUCUCUGAUCCGAUCAAUUAUAUCAAGCCACUGCAGCUGCACGUGCACUGUACCGAUCUCCGGAACCAACGGAGGAAGGACAAGAAGAAGAAUUAAGUCGACAAUUAUACAUUUAUUUUGAGAAGUGCAGUGACUACACAUUUAGACAAUGGACCAUCUACCAGAAGUUAUCCAGGAGCUGAUCACAAAGAGUAACGAGGCCAAGAAUAAUGCCUUCUGUCCGUACAGCAACUUCAGAGUCGGAGCUGCUCUUCUAACAGACGAUGGAACGAUUAUCCAAGGAUGCAAUGUAGAGAAUGCUUCAUAUACUCUUGGAAUCUGUGCUGAACGGUGUGCUAUCUUCAAGGCGGUCUCAGAAGGAUACAGGCACUUCAAGGCUAUGGCCAUCUCAACGGAUGUUGAGAAGCUCUACUCGACGCCAUGUGGAGCCUGUAGACAGAUCAUGUAUGAGUUUGGCUCGGACAUGGACGUCUACAUGACCCGACCUGACCUCACCUACAUAAAGAAAACUCCCAGGGACAUCCUCUGUUACCCCUUCGGCCCCGAGGAGCUCCGCAUGUUAAAAUCCGGAGAGGUACCAAAAGUGGAUGGUGACCUCAACGACAACAAAAUGGUGGAUGGUACCGGCGAUGCCAAAGCUCACAAAAAACACAAAGGAGACACUGCUAUACCAGCUCAAUGAAGAGCCCCCACACACAUGUUCAUAAAUGCCUAAGGAAACCUGCUUUAGCAACCACCUGUGUAGAAAGACUGCCUGUCUUUAGAGACCAUGCAUCUUGGUCCUUGUAUUCAGGUUUCAAGGUUUAAUGAUAGAUACUGGAAUUUCUUAAGACGAGAGAAGUCCAUGACCUGCUUUCAUAAACCUGCCCUUAGCAACCACCUGUGUAGAAAGACCGUCUGUCUUUAAAGACCAUGCAUCGAUCUUGGUCUUUGUAUUCAGGUUUCAAGGUUUAAUGGCAAGGAUUCUGGAAUUUCUUUAGACAGAGAAAAGUUCGGACCACCCAACCUCUUAAAGCCCAUCUGUACUAGUUUAGGCAGGGGAGAUUAGACCUCCCUGCAAGGUCACUGACAGGUGGUUAUCUCAU